AUGACACAGCAUCCAAUUACAGCAGAUGUUACCCCUCUCGUUUCGUUCAAGCAUAAGCCAGCAGUGAAUGCUGAUGCCCCUGGACUUACGUGUCUGGGCGAUCACGUAACGACGACGUUUGUGGCGGAGACGGCAAUGCCUACAGACAGCGGUAUAUUCCGCGUGCGCGCCUAUCGCUCUGUAGGCUCGUUGCGUGAAUGUGAACCCAUUGCGAUGAUCUCGGGCGAUGUGCACGGUAAACGUAACGUGUCUGUGCGCGUUCACGACCAGUGUUUUACAUCUGAAGUUUUUGGUUCGCUCAAGUGCGAUUGCAAGGAACAGCUGGAAUAUGCAAAGACGUACAUUAAGCAACACAGUGGCGUUAUUAUCUACAUGCCGCAGGAAGGACGGGGCAUUGGCCUUGCUAACAAGAUCAUGGCGUACUCUAUGCAGGAGCGUGGGCUUGAUACGGUGGAUGCUAACCGCGUGUUGGGCUUUAAGGACGAUUACCGCUCGUAUGAGCCUGUGCCGUCUAUUUUGAAGGAUUUGGGCAUUCAGUCGGUUCGUUUAUUGACCAACAAUCCACGCAAAAUCAGGUUGCUGAGUCAACUCGGCAUCACAGUCGAGGGACGACAGCCUGUGGUGAUCAAGGGUGGAGAGUUUAGUCAAGGUUACUUGACGACGAAGGCGGAUCGUAUGUCGCACUUGCUGCCUGGUUCUUCAAGUGCAGAUGGCAGCUGUGAAGACUCGUUUACGGACGAGAGUCAGGAUGAAGAAGAGCUGCAAAUGGAUCCCCCGGAAAGUGUUGCUGCCUUAUCACCGACGGCAUUAUCGUCCUUAUUCUCUAGAAGCUAUUAA